UUCUCUUUACCCUUUCGUUUAUAAAUGAUACACCACUACCACCAAGACGAUAAGGUAGAGGGCAUAAAAGUAACUUCACAUGCACCCACGGCGGCCGCACUGCUCUUGUAAGCGCUCCAGACCCGCCCGAUCCGGUCGGACCGGCCAAUCCGUUUGAUCAUUUUCAACGUAGUCAAUACGUCACCCCCUUUUAAUUACUUUUUAGGACUCCUCCAAACCCACCCCUCUCCUCUUUCUCUCUCCUCUUUCUCUCUCUAACCAUCUGGACUUCGAUCAGUGAUCCGUUCCUGAUUUUCGAUUCAAAUCGAUCAAUUGGUGGCAUAGAAGAUUGUACCAGAGCUUUAAUUCGUCAUGUCGAUGUCUGAUUCCGAUACGUCCUCGCAAGGCAGCGAGUACAAGAACUUCAGACAAGUUACUCGCGAACGAUUACUGUAUGAAAUGCUUCGAUCAGCCAAAACAGGGGAGUCAAAAUCAACUUGGAAGGUACUUAUCAUGGACAAAGUUACUGUUAAAAUAAUGUCUUGCUCGUGCAAGAUGGCAGAUAUCACAGAGGAAGGAGUUUCAUUGGUGGAAGACAUAUACAGGCGAAGGCAGCCAUUGCCCACCAUGGAUGCAAUAUACUUUAUACAGCCAACAAAAGAAAAUGUUACCAUGUUCUUGUCUGAUAUGUCAGGAAGGACACCUCUGUACAAAAAGGCAUUUGUUUUUUUUAGUUCUCCCAUUCCACGAGAAUUGGUUAGUCAUAUCAAGAGGGAUACAACUGUGAUAUCUCGCAUACGUGCCUUGAGCGAGAUGAACUUGGAGUACUUUGCGAUAGAUAGCCAGGGUUUUAUCACUGAUAAUGAGAGGGCUUUAGAGGAACUUUUUGGGGAUGAAGAGAAUUCACGCACUGGUGAUGCGUGCUUGAAUAUGAUGGCCACCCGCAUUGCUACAGUUUUUGCUUCAUUGAGGGAAUUUCCUUUGGUACGAUACCGCGCAGCCAGAUCUCUCGAUCCAACCACAAUGACAACAUUUCGUGAUCUAAUUCCUACAAAGCUUGCAGCUGGCAUUUGGAACUGUCUUAUGAAGUAUAAAGCUGACGUCCCUAACUUUCCCCAGACGGAAACAUGCGAAUUGCUCAUCCUGGAUAGAUCAAUAGAUCAGAUUGCUCCUAUCAUACAUGAAUGGACAUAUGAUGCCAUGUGCCAUGAUUUACUAAAUAUGGAGGGAAAUAAAUAUGUGCAUGAGGUUCCAAGCAAAACAGGUGGUCUACCAGAGAAAAAAGAGGUCCUUCUGGAGGAUCAUGAUCCUAUCUGGGUAGAGCUUCGCCAUGCACAUAUAGCUGAUGCUAGUGAACGGUUACAUGAAAAGAUGACCAGUUUCGUAUCAAGGAAUAGAGCUGCACAAAUGCAUGGUUCAAGAAAUGGCGCCGAAUUGUCUACGCGGGACUUGCAAAAGAUGGUUCAAGCUUUGCCGCAAUAUAGUGAACAGAUGGAAAAGCUUUCACUCCAUGUCGAUAUUGCAGGAAAAAUCAACAAUAUUAUUAAGCAGAUGGGCCUUAAAGAUCUUGGGCAACUAGAGCAGGACCUUGUCUUUGGAGAUGCAGGAACUAAGGAAGUAAUCAAUUUUCUGAGAACAAAAGAGGAUGUAACACGUGAAAAUAAGUUGCGGUUGUUGAUGAUUUAUGCAGCCAUUUAUCCUGAGAAGUUUGGGGGUGACAAAAUUACAAAAUUGAUGGAGUUAGCAAGAUUACCGCCUGAGGAAAUGAAUGCUGUUUAUAAUAUGAGACUGCUCGAAGGAUCAUCAGAUACUAAGAAAAGCUCUAUCGGAGCUUUCUCUCUAAAAUUUGAUGUUCAUAAGAAGAAGCAUGCUGCUAGAAAAGAUCGUACUGGUGAAGAAGUGACAUGGCAACUAUCACGCUUUUACCCUUUGAUAGAGGAACUUGUUGAAAAACUUAGCAAACGUGAAUUACCAAAGAAUGAUUACCCAUGUAUGAAUGACCCGAGUCCAACUUUCCAUGGGACCUCCCAGACCGUGCCAGUUCAGACAAUUCCAGCUCCAGCUGCUCAUUCAAUGAGAUCAAGACGAACAGCAACGUGGGCUAGGCCUCGAGGCUCUGAUGAUGGAUAUUCAAGUGAUUCAAUUCUGAGGCAUGCAUCGAGUGAUACCAGAAAGAUGGGUCAGCGAAUUUUUGUAUUUAUUGUCGGGGGAGCAACUCGAUCUGAGCUACGGGUUUGUCACAAGUUAACAACAAAGCUGAAAAGGGAGAUUGUUUUAGGAUCUUCAAGUCUUGAUGAUCCACCACAAUUUAUCACGAAACUGAAGCUGCUUACGGCAAACGAACUCAACGAACUCUCACUGGAUGAUCUUCAAAUUUGAAGACAUGGGUGGAUUUAAGAAGCUGGAAACAUAAUUUUUUCCCGGUCCUCUUGUCCAGUUUGUAACUAUAGAUCCAUGUAUAAAAUCAUUGAAUCCAUUUUUUAACAUUGAUGCAAUGUCUGUCACGAGCUUGAUCAGCUGAACGAUAGGUUUGAUAGUUUUCUGGUAGCAUGCAGGAUCGUGACCUUUGAUUUGGCUCCAUUGACAUUCUCACGCCUUUGGGCUUUUGUAUUGUAAUUGAUCUGUUCCGGACAUGUAAGCGACCCUGUGUGUGUAUAAUACUAUUCUUAUCGAUGCAAUUGACCAAUUUGAAAUCUGUGACAAGUUAUAGAAUAAUAUUCCAAAGCCAUUUUUAUC